AUGACAUCCCAACCCUCCGAUGCUAGACCAAACGAUAGGCCAGAAUCGGCCACGGCGGAGCAGAAUCAAUCAAGCACACUCACUGUUCUCUUGGUGGUCUCGGCUCUUACAAGCAUGUUCCUUGUUGCUCUUGACAGGACCAUUAUCUCGACGGCCGUACCCAAAAUUGCUGAUGAAUUCAACUCUCUCGCUGAUGUCGGCUGGUACGGAAGCGCAUACUUGUUGACGUGUUGCGCGUUCCAACUGUUGUUUGGAAAGCUUUACGCGUUGUACCCUAUAAGGGGCAUUUUCCUGGCCAGCAUCCUACUGUUCGAAGUUGGCUCUGUCAUCUGUGGAGCUGCUCCCAACUCAGUAGCCUUCAUAAUUGGAAGAGCAAUUUCGGGGGUUGGCGCCGCUGGUAUUUUUGCUGGAUCGAUUGUCUGCAUUGUGCACGCCGUUCCUCUACACAAACGUCCGAAAGUACAAGGCCUUUUUGGUGCACUUUUUGGCUUUUCAUCCAUUGUCGGCCCCUUGAUUGGCGGUGCCUUCACGUCGAAAGUGACAUGGAGAUGGUGCUUCUACAUCAAUCUGCCCUUUGGUGGAAUAGCGAUGAUCGUUAUUGCCUUCUGCCUUAAACCGCCGGCUCAGGAUACCAAGUCGACUCGCUGGACUGAGAAGCUCUCCCAAAUCGAUGCUCUUGGGAGUGCUUUUGUAAUACCGGCUGAGGUUUGCCUCUUGCUGGCACUUCAAUGGGGUGGUCAGACAUACGCGUGGAGCAAUGGACAUAUCAUAGCGUUGUUAACGCUCUCGGGGGUUUUUCUCAUGGCUUUUGUUGUUGUUCAAACGAUGCUUCCUACGACAGCAACACUACCUCCACGCAUCUUCAAGCAUCGGAGCAUCGUGGCGGGAUUCUGGCAAAGCAUCUGGGUCGGUUCUGUGAACUACAUAUUUGUGUACUUCCUCCCAAUUUGGUUUCAAUCCAUAAAGGGCGUGUCCGCUGUGCAAUCCGGUAUACGUCUUUUGCCUCUAAUGCUAUCAAUGGUUGUUGGAACGCUCUCCGGUGGGUUCACAACCUCGAAGAUUGGAUACUACACGCCGAUGGCCAUUGUAGGAACAAGUGUCAUGUCCGUUGGAGCGGGGCUUCUUACAACGCUGCAAGUUGACUCGGGCGAGGGAAAGUGGAUUGGGUAUCAGGUCCUCUACGGAAUCGGCUUGGGCUGGUGUUUUCAAGUACCGAACCUUGCUGCUCAGACUGUUCUACCAAAGAAGGACGUUUCAAUCGGGAUAGCACUGAUGAUGUUCGGCCAGCUCCUAAGUGGAGCGGUGUUUGUCGCUGUUGGCGAGAACGUACUGGCAAACCAGCUCAUAAAGAGACUUUCGGGAAUUUCAGGUAUUGAGCCGAGCCUUGUUACAUCUGGUGGCGCCACGUCCCUUCUUAGCUCGGUACCUGCAAGCCUACGAGGGGCGGUUCUGGUAGCCUACAACGAGGCCCUUCGAAAGGUUUUCCAAGUCGGGCUAAUUGUGGCAUGCCUUGCUGUCUUGGGUGCAGCUUCGUUGGAAUGGAGGAGCAUCCUUCAGAAGCCAAAGACAAAUGUGGAUGCUGAGACUAUGGACACAAACAAAGACGAGCGGGAAGGCUAA